AUGAGUAGCGAUUGGAAUAAUAUUUUUAAAAGAAAUAAAGAAUAUAUCAAAGCUAAGAAUAAAAUAAAGUCCCAAGUUGAAAAUAAUAAAUUACAACAACUUGGAUUAACAGAAAAUCUACAAACUAUAUGUCAACCAAUAUUAAAAUCUCAAGAGGAUAUUAAAAAGAAAUUAGCUUUAGAAUAUAGACCUCCUAUAGAACCUCAUAAAGAUCACCCAGAACCGAAUCAAUAUGAUGGUAUUAUAAUUAGGUCAUUAGAUGAUAUUAAUAGUCUUUUUUCAAACCCUAAAGCAGAUUUACCAAAGAGCAUUACACCAAUCGUUGAUGAUGAUGGAAGCUACGAAUACGUAGCCAUUAACGAUUAUCUUUCUGAAUAUGGAGGAAGUCUAAAUGGUAGAAACAAUAUUGGAUUCGAAGGUAAUUUGAAUCUGAACAAAAUAAAAUUGAUAUUGAGAAAUAAUAGUCAAGUUGAUUUCAACGUAGAAAAUUCAUUGAAUACGUUACUAGGAUUUGAUAAACGAGUAUACACCCAUUCCACUUUAGCACCACACAAAGCUAAUAUCGAAAAUGAUAUUGACGUCAUUAAUAUUCACUGUAAUUUAAUAAACGGUGGAUUUUUUAAUAAAUACAAACGUAUUCCAACAUUCACUGUUCCGAUUGGAUAUAGAAUUAUAGAGAAACCAUUUCAAACAACAUAUUUACCACUUAAUUCCUUUAUUAAAGAUAUAAAUCUGGAAAUCAAAGAUGGUAAAAAUAGGUUUAUAGAUUUUGGUAACGAAGAAAUUGUUAUUCAACUUCAUUUAAAACAAAAGAACUAA